CUUUGGCUUUUAAAGUCCAACUCGGCGAUGCAGUUUGUUCAUUCACACCAGACUCAUCUUCACCAACCACACAACUAAUCUUUUUUUUUUAUUUUAUUUUUUAUUUACUCUAUUCUGUCUCCCGGUGCGUUUGACUCGUGCGCUUGCCGGAACAGUCUGGCUUGAAACCUUAACACUUUUGGAUAAAACUCGUGCAAACUUUUGCAAAACAUCGCGGAAAAAAAGAGGCAGUGCGGAGAGAGAGCAGUCCAGUCCGACCGGCAGUGCGGAGGGUAAUGUGACCCUGCGUAAACUCCGGUGACCACCUCUCCCUCUCCCUCACUCUCAAACACACGUGAAAACAGCAGCAGCGCGUCCAUGCCCGGGGGCUCUGGCCAGCAUGACUCUGCCCGGCGGUUUGUCGGAUGCUUGUCGGCUCAUUUUACGCGACCGCAUGGAGCCGGAGCUGUGGAUGUAGGCAAGCCUAUACCUCAUUCACGCUUUCCGGUGGAAUAGCUGCUGCUGCUGCAACACGUUGCGAAGCGAACACAAGCUGCCGCGCACACUUUUGGAGAGAGCUACGAUGCGGGGCACUUUGGGCGCAUUCAUUCAGUCCUGUGUGAUACUGCUGGUCCGAGCAGACCAGUGGAGGUUGAGGGACUCCGACAACUGCGAGCUUAACAAGAAACAAACCGACCUAAACUCCUUCCUGUGGACGAUCAAACGUGACCCUCCCUCAUAUUUCUAUGGUACAAUCCACGUUCCCUACACGCGCGUUUGGGACUUCAUCCCUGAAAACUCCAAGCAGGCCUUCCAGGAGAGCAACAUCGUCUACUUUGAGCUGGACCUGACGGACCCUUACACCAUCUCAGCCCUGACCAGCUGCCAGCUGCUCCCUCAGGGCGAGAACCUGCAGGAUGUCCUGCCCAGAGACAUCUAUCGGAGACUCAAAAGACACCUAGAGUAUGUAAAACUCAUGAUGCCUUCAUGGAUGACCCCGGAUCAGAGAGGGAAGGGGCUCUACGCUGAUUACCUCUUCAACGCCAUCGCCGGGAACUGGGAGAGGAAGCGGCCCGUUUGGGUGAUGCUGAUGGUGAAUUCGUUAACUGAGGCAGAUAUCAAGACACGUGGGGUGCCGGUGCUGGACUUAUACCUGGCCCAGGAGGCGGAGAGGAUGCGAAAGAGGACGGGGGCUGUCGAGAAGGUGGAGGAGCAGUGCCAUCCACUCAACGGGCUCAACUUCUCCCAGGUGAUCUUUGCCCUGAACCAGACGUUAUUACAGCAGGAGUCUUUGAGGGCAGGAAGCCUACAGGUCCCGUACACCACCGAAGACCUCAUCAGACACUACAACUGUGGAGAUCUCAACUCCAUCAUCUUCAAUCAUGACACCUCACAGGUCCCUAACUUCAAUAAUGUGACACUGCCACCCAGCGAGCAGGUGACCGCCCAGGAAAUAGACAGCUACUUUCGACAAGAGCUCAUCUACAAGAGGAAUGAGAGGAUGGGGAAGAGGGUCAAGGCACUGCUAGAGGAACACCCUGACAAGAGCUUCUUUUUCGCCUUUGGAGCAGGUCACUUUCUUGGCAACAAUACAGUCAUUGAUGUGCUUCGUCGCCAGGGAUAUGAUGUGGAGCACACCCCUGCUGGGAAGCCCGUAAACAGGAGAUCAUCAUCCAGACCUGACUCGCCAGAGUCAGAAGACUACCACGAUGAGCCCCCUCUUCUCGAGCCUUUCCUCCAUGAGCUCCCCCACAAAGAGGAUGAUCAGGGGCAUCCCCUGGAGGACGAUCUGUUACCCCACAUGCUUCUGCCGCCGGACAGCCUGGAGCUGCUUGAGAAAGCAGAGAGAAAAAUGCUGAAGAAAAAGAGGAGGAACAAGCAGAAGAAACAGCGGCACCGGCAUUUUAAUGACCUUUGGGUUCGCAUUGAGGAGAGCACUAUGGUCCAGUCUCCACCUCCCCCGCUGGUUCGCAUCAUCAAUGGUUACAUCACAGUGCAGCCACCUGACAGAGUCCACAGCCACCACCAUCACAUAUCUUCAGCAUGGACCACCUCCUCGACCUCACCAUCUUUACUUGUCUUCCUCUGCACAUUGCUUACAGUGAUCCCACAGGCAUGGACUGCGUUUCUCUAGUAGAGCAUUAGUUAGUUGGGACUCUAUAAAAGCAGCCAGCCCUUCAUGAGGAUGAACUCUCACAUGUGGUGGUUUUCCUGUAUCGGCUCAUAGAAGCGAGAUCUGAUCGUGCAUCAUAAGACCUAGAGGAAGCUGGAAAAGAGUGUGGUGAGUCGCAGAGGCGACGAAACAGCAUGGAGAGAGGAUGUGAUAUCAGCUGUAGCUGUCUGGUAACAUUACACUCCAUGGAUGUUGGGUUAGAUACACUUUGUGUUGAAUGGUAAAUCAUAUAGAACACGUCUCUUACAAAUUGAGGCCUUCAUGGGCAUGUAAGUUCAUAUAACGUUAGGACUCUUGAAACAUAAAUGUUUUAUAAGGUUUCAGUUAUUUUACACAAACACACACAGCAGGAGCGAGUACACAGAACGCAGCAGGAAAGAAAAGCGAAAGCUCACAAACGGGAAGUGUUAUCGGACAUCUCACUGACAUUACACUACACAUUCCCUUAGUGUUACAAUAGACUCUAAAUAUUCAACAUUCAAGCCUCUGAGAAUAUAAGUUCUCAUCUGUUCACUGAAUGAACCUGAGAACUUCGCCGAAACUAUUGCUGAAUAUCAAUUACCUUCAGUAAGUACAACUGGAACCAUAUGUCCUUUGUCUGUGUGUGUGUGUGUGUGUGCGUGUGUGAGUGCGUGUGUUUGUGCGUGUGUGUGUGAAAGAGAGAGAGAGAGAGAGAGUGUGUGACAAGCAAAGUCUAUCGGCUCUUAAACCCCCCUGGCCUUACAAACAGAAGUGUUUCUCCUAAGACCUUAAUUUAUUCUUCAAUUUUAGAAGAAUUUGUUGCAUCAAAGCCUAUUGCGGGGGUUAAUU